ACGUGCGAGCGGAACACAGUGGACGGCAGAAAGCGGUCAUGUUCUCGCGGUUAAAAGGCAAAGUAGGCUCGGUUCUGUUGCCGGGGGAUGAGUUCUGCUUGGACAGGGCCUCCGACGCCGACACCAUCCCCCUGGCGGGCCCGUUGAAGCUGGACAAGGUGGUUUGCGGGCCCGGGCUGCGGCGGAGCGGCGACCGCCUGCUGGUGUACAAAAGCGGGGUUCUGCGACACAAAGAGCCCAACAUGUUCUGGAUGGACGCCCAGCACAAACGGUACGUUCCGGCCAAAGGAGAGACUGUCAUCGGCAUCGUGACGUCCAAGUCUGGCGACGUGUUCAAGGUUGACGUGGGCGGAAGCGAGCAGGCGUCAUUGUCCUACUUGGCCUUCGAAGGCGCCACCAAGAGGAACAGACCCAACGUGCAGGUGGGCGACCUGCUGUUUGCGCAAUUGAUCGUAGCCAAUAAGGAUCAAAAGGCGUCAACAGUUGCUAAGGUUGUGUCGGCCGCACCAAAGCCCCAACUGCUCCAUUUCCUGUCAGUACGCAAACUUGUCACCGUCUUUGAUGAGGCCGUUGACUGCGGUGUCGUCUGCAAACUUCAGGAGUUUGACAGCCGGGAGGCGCUGACAACAUUUCCUCCCGGCGCCACACUAGCAGCAAUGGACGACAACCUGACCUGCACUGUGGCUCUGUACAUGAAGAAGAAGUAG